UUUUAUCAUGACUAAAACAUUAUAUUAAUGGCCCAUUUAUAAGCUGAAACAAAAGAUGUACUCACUGAUGAAGAUAAGUUUCUUAAUUUGGCUGCUUCAGGCAUCGCACGAUCGAUUAAGGACCAAUGCUUACAUUGAAAAAUACAAAGAAUACCAAUUAUGUGGAAGAACUUACUACAUUCCUCUUAUAUUUUAUUAAGGGAAUAAUUUUAUUUAAAUAUUUACAAAAAACUUUCCAUUUUAAAAAUCUCAAAAAAGUUUAUAAUAAAUUUAUUUUUAAUAUAUGAUAGCAGUUGUACUUCAUCACUUGCAGACUGACUUUUAUAAGUGUCCACCUUUUACCCCGUUAAUAAGUUUCUUUCUUUUGGCAGUAUGUCAACAAGUGGUCUUUGAAUUUUGUGGAUUCUUCAUGUCCAGAGAUCUGGCUCGGAAAGUGGGAUCUAUUUUAAUCAUCAGGAAUAUUUAUUGAUGUUUUAAAAGAAUGACAUUUAGGUCAUUUGAUCAGACAACUGAAUGGCUCCUAAAAGGACUCUUCAGGUAUGAUGACAGCAGAAGCCUAUUUUAUUGUUAAAUAUUAGCAUUUGUUUUCUGACUACCUCUUUCCAUGGCUUCUGUUGGAACAAUUACUAUUCCUGUCAAACUGAGAACUGCUACUGCCAGAGUUUUAAUCAGUUCCACAAGCUGUAGCGUGACCUGUGGCAUGGGUUACAAAGUUGAAGAAACAUGUCAGAUUGGGCCUAAGAGUGAAAGAAGAUACUGUGACAUUAAAAAAGUGGAGUGCUUGACCAACUGGAUCUGUGGAAUGCUCCAUUUCACCAUUCUUGUGGGUAAGCCUUUUGAAUUCCAGUGCUUGUCUCCUGCAGAAAUUGGCCCAGAAAUCCAGAGCUUCAGUUAUUCAUGGAGGUUAGCCAGAGGUAUCAUUACCACUGAUGAUGCUCUCUUUAAACCGUUCAAGACUACUGGCUUUGUCAUUAAGCUUUCCCCAGCCAAGGAAUAUGAUGCAGGGACGUACAGGUGUGAUGUGCAGUUCAUGAGAACCUAUAAGAUUGUCAAAAGAAUCUACUUUGGACUUCGUGUGAUCCCUGGUCACUUGGUGGAUCUGAACUUUGACAAAUCCUUGACUCUGGAACAGCACUUAGAAAGUGAGAAUGAAAAAAACCAGCAGAAUGCCACCAGUGUUCCUGUCCAGAAGCAGCAGCAGUCUUGGCGCCAAAGAGCUCUGUUUGUAUUUUUAAUCGGCAUUGGAAGUGGUGCAGUAGGAGGAAUCUUGUUGCACAACAUUUUCUACUAUUUGGUGAAGGUUCCCAAUAACUCUGGAUAUAUUGAGGAAUAAAACGUUCGUUCUUG